AUGGCAGAAACAGGACAAGACGAAGAAGAACACACAUUCCCAGUGAAAAGAAAGCCCCAAGAUAUUCUUGCUGCUGCAGAAGAAGAAUCUAUUGCCAAAUCCCAGGAACACGAUGAUGUAAACAAGAAGCAAAAACUCGCAAGUACUGAUUCAAACAAACUCGAGGAAGUUGAAGAGGAGGACGAAGAAGAAGAUGAAGAUGACUAUGAAGGCGAGGAGGAUGAGGAAGACGAUGAUGAUGACGCGGAGGAGGACGAUGAGCAGUCCAACGGAGAGGCCGAAAUCGAUCGUAAAGGUAAGGGGAUUUUAAGGGAUGACAAGGGCAAGGGAAAGUUGAUCGAGGAGGACUCCGACGAUGAUGAUGAUUCGAACGAUUUUGGAAGCGCGUCUGAUGUUGACAGUGAUACUGACCUCUCCGACGAUCUACUGGCGGAGGUCGAUUUGGGCAACAUUAUUCCCUCCAGGACUCGACGGCGUACCCUUCACUCUGGUCUUAAGAUUUCUGAUGACCCCGCUAAAGGUGAUAAAUCCUGA